UGUUCAAACAUAAUUCAAUACAAAUGUUAAAUAUAUUUAAACUUAAUAAUCUAAAUUACGUAUAAAAAAAAAGGAGGUGAAAUGUAAAAUCAUGGCUAUGUGAGAGGGAUUCAGAGAUUGAGGUUUAUUGAUAGGGUUAGGUAUAAGAUCUCUAUAAGAGAUUCAUGGACUUUACUCAUGUAUAUGUAUUUUUAAUUUCAUUAAUUUAAUUUAUAAAUGGAUUAUAAACCUGUUCUAGAUAAGGUUUCCUUUUUUUUAAAUUCCUAUAUAAGAAAAAAAGAAGAGGUAAAAACAGAGUAAAGAGAGAAUGGGAGUACGGGAAGUCAUGGAAGAAGUGAUUGCUGAAUUCAGUGACCAAGAAGAAGUAAAAACUGUUAUGGAAGAAGCAAUCAGUAAACUCACUAUCAAAGAAGAACAAACAGAUAUAAUCAGGGUACUAAGGGAUCGUCCACCUGCUCACUAUCUGUUUAAGAUCGAAAACUUCUCUAAACUUUCUGAUGCAAAGGUCGAGAAUUUUCAAUCAAGUGAUUUUGAAGUUGGCGGAUACAAAUGGAGGCUGUCUCUUUACCCUGAGGGAAAUAAGAAAAAAAACGAAGAUAACCACCUAUCUCUAUAUUUAGCACUAUCCAAUUCAAAUGGAUUACCCUUCCACAGUUCGGUUAAUGCUUUCUUCAAGUUGUUUGUUUAUAAUCAAAUUCAAGACAAGUAUUUGGCUGUUCAAGAUGGUAAGGAAACAGAAAGGCGUUUUCGUGGAAUGAAAACAGAAUGGGGGUUUGACCAAUUUAUUUCGCGUGAUGCUUUUAAUGAUGCUUCAAAUGGAUACCUUAUUGACGAUUGUUGUGUAUUUGGAGCUGAGAUUUACAUAAUGGAAGAAUGUACUGGUAAAGGUGAGUGUAUGUCUAUUGUGAAGGAGCUUGCUAACAACACCUUCACUUGGAAUGUUCAAAUUGAGCUAAACAGAGAAAAUUAUAGGUCCGAGGUGUUUGAUAUUGGGGGGCAUAAAUGGAGUUUAUCGCUUAAUCUCAAUGGGUAUGGAACAGCAAGAGGUAAAAGCUUGUCCGUGUUUUUAUUCUCAGAAGAUUCAGACAUAAAGGUUGAUGCUGAGUACAUUCUGCGUGUAAGGGAUCAACUAUCUGAAAAACAUCAAGAAAAAAAAGCUACACAUCAAUUCAGUACUAAAUCCAACAAUUGGGGUUACAGUGAUCUACUUCCUCUUAGAGAUCUCAAUGAUACAUCAAAGGGAUUCAUAGUUGGUAAUACCGUGAUUGUUGAAAUCCAAAUGCUUUUCAUGACAGUGGUCAAGGAGUUCUCUUGAAGCUAUUGUUGUACUAGACUUUUGCCAGUUCUCUUGAAGAUAUUGUGUGUUUGGGGAUCUUGGAAAGCAUCUUCUUCUUCAUCCUGCUGACCAGCUUCGAGAUUUUUUGUGUUGAGACUUGCAGGAUCUUGCUUAGCAUAGGCUGAUGUCUAUGACUUCGCUUUUGAUGUGUUUUCCUUUUGCGGUUUUCCCUUCCUCUGUAUCCAAAAAAUUUGUAAAAGAAACAGAAAAAAUAGGAAAUAACUUUUCAGGGUCUUGUUAUUUGGCAUUUCGGCCGAAUGAUAGAUCCCGAAUAAUAAAUAAUAAAAAAAACAACAGCAAAUAUAAAUUUUAGGUUGAUGUUUAUAAAGAUAAUUGGAUUUUACA